CCUGCUCCAAUCAGAAGUGACUCACCAAUCAAGGAGUUAGAACCUGAACUGGUCAACCUGUGUGACCAAAACCCAGGAGAGACUUCCACACAAACAGUUGCUCCAAAUAAAAGUCAGUGCAAUGAUCCUCUCGAUUCCCUUCAGCUGAAAGUUCUACCUCUGGAGGAGGCCAUAGCCAUCUUUAAACAAGCAGGCGGGGUCACUAACAUUCAGCAAGACAUGGAGGAGAAUAACUCUGAGGAAGUGGAGAUACAAGAAGUGUUCAGUUCCUCAUUGAGUGACUCCACACAACAGUGCAAGUCCAUCAGUCCAAUAGAAGAGGUGUGCUGUGUUGAAAUGUUGAAGCAAAUCUUUUAUGGGUCAGGCACGGCUUCAGGUGAAUGUCAGUGUCAGAAAGAGCAAAGUCGCAAUGAAGUCACUGACCCGACCGCCGAUGAGGGGAUGGCGGCAGAACCAGGGAAACAGGACGUGUUUGUGAUUGAGUUUGAUGGUGAAUCAGAGGAAGAAAACCCGGCCAAAGGUCCAGAGAGCACUGACACACAAAUGAUCACGUUUACUAAAACCAGUUAUCCUCAUGAGGAUGAAGAAUCAAAUACUAUUCCUAGCUCAGUCAUCAGCAACCCGUCGAACAUCAUGUUCAUGAGUGAAAAUGAGGUCAAUGGUGGUUCCAGGAGUGAUGAUAGAAAUUCAGAGCAGCCGGCAGACUUGGAAGAUGGUUCUGGACAAGCUCAGGAGAGGACAAACAACAGCAAAAUCACAAAUCAGCCCAGGGAAGACUCUGAAGUCCAGUCAGAGAUUCAAUCAGACAAUUCUGUGGAUGACAAACAAGAUCAGCCAAGUCAUGUACUGCCUGAUCUCUUCAGCCGUGAAAGUGAACUGGAGGAGAGCAGUGGACGGGGUCAGCUGGCGUCAGAAGAUCUGGGAGAGACGCCAUCAGAAAAUAUCGAGGAGCAAAGAGUGACCCUUAAACUUAGUCAAGCAACGGUUAUGAGAAAGGAGAAGCGACUACACAAUCAUGAUCAACUUCAUUCCUCUAAGAAACUAAAAAAAUGCCCCAAAGGUUUUUAUUCAGCUCAGACAUCUGAGGAUGUCCCAGGAAGUCGGGAUAGUUUAGCUGAUCAUCAACCUUCAACCUCACAUUAUCGAACUGUAAAGCUGGCACUGUUCGGCUCACCACAACAGGACGAGUGCCAUCCAAGUGUCAGCAAAAAGACACCUCCAGGAGCAGAAUCCAUUGGCUCACCAAGUCCUCCUGGAGUCAUUUCUGUGCUCGUCAGCCCUCUGAAGAGAAAGCCAAGUAAACCUGCUCCUGCAGAGGAACCCUCAGUAAAAUUAAGGAUUUACGAAAAAUGGCGAAAAAGUCUCUACCAAAGUCAAAUAAUGCACAGAUGCACAUUGAGGAUUCAGAAGAUGAGACUCAAGAAAUCCGGUUUGAAGCAGACGGUUGUCUCUGAAAAGAGGAGGGAGAAAGGUACAAGGAAGUUGCUUUCCAAAUUGAUCAAACAAAGGAAGGAGAAGCUGAAGAGGGACGUGGCAGUGCUCAGGAAUCCUGCUGAUCAACAGACGCAAGAUGCUGAAGAACGAAGUUACACAGUCAGACCUCUGCAGGAUAAAAACGUCCUCGUGUUCAGUGUGUUGCCCACAAGCUUCAGCCUGCAAGAUGGCCCCAGCGAGAUGGAAACCCAGGAUGAUCCUGCACCAAGUGAGACCAAACCCGUCGAGAUAAAGAGCUCAGAGACAGCGGUGUCAAGGGAAAAAGUUAAACACGCAGAUAGACUCCUGUAAAAACAGGCGAUGAGAUCAGGAAAUAAGGGGGGAUCAGAAGUUGCCAGCUGGCGGCUGAUUGGACACCAUUAUUUCCAGGUCAAAUAGGGAAGUUUUUCAAAAGAUCUAAUUAAGAUUAAAUUUAAUUCUAAGAUUUCAAAAGAAGAUUUAUGAGCUCAAACUUACUCAAAAUGCAGAUAUUUAGGAUAUCUGGUGAGUGUUUUUAGUCCAGUAUACAUAUGAGAGACACAAAUAUCUAUCCAAAAGGAUGAAGUUGUCUGAUCAUGGCAGUGAUGGAGUCUCAUUUGUUUUUAUCCAGGAUUUUUAGAGCCCCAUAGUAGAGAUGCUCUAAGGCGGGGGGGCAAACUCAA